GGGCUAUACCAAAUUCAUGAAACUGAAAGCUCCGCACAGAUAGAUUCAAGAACUCAAUGCUGUACUGUUAUCUUCUCGCGAUUGUUUUAUGUGCUAUCAAAAAUGUCUUUCCAGAAACGUCGCCUUUUGAAUAAUUUAUAUUUUCAUGCCACAGUGUUAUUGAAUAAUGCUUUGGGUUUUUUUGCCUAUCCAUUUCGCUCCUCCCUCGUGUUCCCCUCUCCUCCCGUCUGCUUUCCCUCCCUUCCCAUCUCCUCUCCCCCCCCCCACCCUCUCUCCACCUCACAGUACACUCCACGGCGGCUCCUUUCCUCACGAGACCUCUCCUGCUCGCCCUCAGCUCUCCUUUCGUGGUCUCUCUCCCGCGCCGCCGCCGCCGCCGCCGCUCGGAGCGGACACGAGGCAAACAGAGCGCACGACGCUCCGGGGGUGGGGGUUUAAACCCCGAACCGGGAUCCUAGGGGGGAAGGGUGGGGGGCGGGCGUCCAUGCAACCCCCCUGUGAAGACACCCCGAGCCGAGAGAGAUUCGCCCUCGCUCGCCUGCCUCGCACACGCAUCUCGAAAGCUUCGACCGCUGCCCGCAGGUGGUGGACCGCUCUGCGCUCCGCGCGAGUCGGUUCGGACGUGCGUUGAAAAGCUGCGCACGCGAGUGUGCGCAUGUGGGUGUCUUUGCGCAGCCUCCCCAGCAUCUCCUGGGCCUCUCUCGCGAUGUGGGAUGCCGUGGUGCGUGCGCCGUUACUGCUGCCGUUACUCCUGAUGUUCAGCGGCCAGAGCGAGCCCAGCCCGAGGCACGCCGAGACCCUCCCACCGACCGUGCAGAAGCUCAUGAAGGGCUACAACCGCUACCUGAGGCCUUCGUUCGAAGAGGGAUCCGUGGUGGUCGGCAUGAGUCUGGACAUCGCCAGCAUCGACAGCAUCUCGGAAAUCAACAUGGACUACACGGCCACCAUCUUCCUGCGACAGCGCUGGGUGGACGAGCGGCUCUGCUUCGAUGCCAACAAGAGCCUGAGCCUGGACGGGCGGCUCGUCGAGCUGCUCUGGGUGCCCGACACGUUCAUCGUGGACUCGAAGCGCUCCUUCCUGCACGCCGUGACCGUGGAGAACCGCCUCAUCCGCAUCUUCCCCAACGGCACCGUGCUGUAUGCGCUCAGAAUAACUGCGACGGUGGCGUGCAACAUGGACCUCACCAAGUACCCGAUGGACAAGCAGUCGUGCACCCUGCAGCUGGAGAGCUGGGGCUACAACACGGACGACAUGGUCUUCUACUGGACGCGAGGCAACGACUCCGUGCGUGGUCUGGAGAACCUCCGCCUGGCCCAGUACACGGUGGAGGAGCAGUUCACAUCCGUGUCUGAGGCCGUGUACGAGACAGGGCGCUACCCGAAGCUCGUCUUCCAUUUCGUGCUGCGGAGGAACAUCCUAUACUUCAUCCUGGAGACGUACGUGCCCUCCAUCCUCCUAGUCGUCCUCUCCUGGGUCUCCUUCUGGAUCAGCCAGUCCUCCGUGCCAGCUCGCAUCUGCAUCGGCGUCACCACGGUGCUCACCAUGACCACGCUGAUGAUGGGUGCCCGCGCGUCGCUGCCCAACGCCAACUGCUUCAUCAAGGCCAUCGACGUCUACCUGGGCAUCUGCUUCAGCUUCAUCUUCGGAGCGCUGCUCGAGUACGCGGUGGCUCACUUCUGCACGCUGCACCACCGCGACGCGGCGACGCCGGACGACCUCUCCCACGACGACGGUGGCCGCGACAGGAACGGCAGCGUCUCCUCCAUCUCGCGCGCGGACGCCGACGCGGAGCGACCCGCACGCCGCUCCGCCUCCUCCAGAGCCGCGUCCGCCCGGGACGCGCCCCCACUGCCGACGGACGGGAGCCGACCGCCCCCCGGGGUCGUCUCGGUGCCCCUCCGGGCUGUGUGGCCCGCGACCCGCGCUGCAAGUCGCCGAGCCGGCGGGAUCUGCACCGUCCGGAACCCUCAACACAUCGACAACUACUCCAGGACGGCCUUCCCCCUCCUGUUUGUACUCGUCAACCUCCUCUACUGGUGCUACUACUUGUUCGUCUGAUUUCUCAUCCUCCCCGUCCUCGUGGAGGGAAGGGGCCUUCCCUCCGGCGUGGCCGAAUUUCGCACACGGGGCCAUUCGCGAGCGGCCGGCCGGCCCGCACCACCGCCCAGGGAGGCGGGACGCUUUAUUUCGGAGAGCAAAAAGAGGUCGCGGGCGGAGUGAGCAUCAGAAGCGAACACAAAAUACGGUGAACAGCGCAUUCACAGACACACACACAUCGCAGUGGGAGGGAGGGAGGGGAGCGAGCAGCUUCGGGGUAGAAUAUUCUAAACUAGCGCUAGCCCUACUACGCCUGACUCUCAGUAACUCGCCAAUCACACACGGCUACUAGCCCUCCCACUAACCCUAACCUGAACCAAUUAGCCAAUCACACACGGCUACUAGCCCUCCCACUAACCCUAACCUGAACCAACUAGCCAAUCACACACGGCUACUAGCCCUCCCACUAACCUGACCUGAACCAACUCGCCAAUCACACACGGCUACUAGCCCUCCCACUGACCUGAAC